CUACAAAGCGGCACUCAUGUCAGGAAUCGAAAACGACGACGCAAACCCUCAACUCACAAGAAUAGCUGCAAGAGAUGCGAUUAAGGCCCGGCAAAUCCUCAUCAACGCUGCUCAAGAUGGCCCGAUCGCUCCAGACAAGACAUCGCACGCGCAAUUAGUAGAAAAGAUCAAAGCGGCCCUAAAAGCAAUAACGAAGGAAGGCAACAAGACACUAGAAAUGAGAGCGGUCACACAAUACAGAAAUGGAGGAACGAUCAUAGAAAUGCUCACCGAAGAAGACGCGAAAUACCUCAAACAAUCUGAAAACAAAGAAGAAUUCAUCAAGCAUCUAGACCCGAAGGCGACAUUCAAAGAGAGGGCCUACCCGGUAAUUAUUCAAUUUGCUCCGCUAACGUUCGAUCCAGACGAUAUAGAACAAAUCCGAGAAUUAGAACGCGAAAACAACUGGGAGCAAGAAACAAUCACCAUGGCGAGAUGGGUGAAACCACCAAACAAAAGAACAAACCACCAACAAGUAGCGCAUAUAAUGCUAACGAUGAAGGACCCCAAAUCAGCAAACGACGGCAUAAGGAACGGUGUAACGCUCAAUCAAGCACGACUACAAAUGAAGAAGAACAAGAGAGAACCAAUAAGAUGCGCUAAGUGCCAAAACUAUGGCCAUAUUGCCCGCGAAUGCUUAUCACACCAUGACACGUGUGCAAACUGC